GCAUAGCGCCGUCAGUCUGCCGUAACGUGGCGGCGCUGCGCUCGUGUGUGCCGCAGGAGUGGCCCGAACUGUCAUUGUUCAUGUAGUUUUCUGUGAUAAGAAUUACUGUGAAAUUAUAGUUUAGCGUACUAAUUAAUUAAUACUUCAAUAUGUCUACGUCUGGUGAAUUCGGAAACCCCUUGCGCAAAUUUAAGCUGGUGUUCCUAGGUGAACAGAGCGUGGGAAAAACUUCUUUGAUCACAAGAUUCAUGUAUGACAGCUUUGACAACACUUACCAGGCGACCAUCGGUAUAGAUUUCCUGUCAAAGACAAUGUACUUGGAGGACCGAACGGUUCGUCUGCAACUCUGGGACACGGCCGGGCAGGAACGCUUCCGCUCCCUCAUACCCUCAUACAUCAGAGACUCGACUGUGGCAGUCGUGGUCUAUGACAUCACUAACGCGAACUCAUUCCAUCAGACCUCCAAAUGGAUCGAUGACGUACGUACUGAGCGUGGGUCAGACGUCAUCAUCAUGCUGGUCGGCAACAAGACGGACCUCUCGGACAAGAGGCAGGUCUCCACCGAGGACGGAGACAGGAAGGCUAAGGAGCUGAACGUCAUGUUCAUAGAGACCAGCGCCAAGGCGGGAUACAACGUGAAGCAGCUGUUCAGACGCGUCGCAGCAGCUCUGCCCGGCAUGGACUCCGCGGAGAGCAAGCCGCCUGAAGACACUGUGGACCUUCAGACUCAGUCGCCGAUGGGUGGCGAGCAGGAGGGCAACGAGAGCGGCUGCGUGUGCUGAAGGGCCGUGCUCACUCUCAUCGUUCCCCCCCCCCCCCUCACAGGUAUCCCCGCUCCCCCCGACACUCCCUCCCCGCACCGCUUGACGGAGCUACGCGUUACGUGCCUAGCAAUUCAACGAUACUAUAUAAUAUAAUAUAUAAGUAAAUGUUUCGCCUUCUCAUGUAGUUCACUGUUCGCGGACCCGGUCACUGUAGACCCGUCACGGAGACUAUACACUUGCGUGACGAAAGGCGCAUUCGGUUCUGCGCUCACUAGUGAUGACUGAUUCCGUUUUGUGGUGGAGUGUACGGUGACGUCACUGGCCGGGUCCGCAGCUCGACACUAAUGUCGAAUGUCGCUACACUUAAUUUGUUAGAUACGUUCUAGUGUGAUGUAUCUUAGUUUUUAUUAAGAUGCGGAUUGUCAGAGACUCGGGGGAUGGACCAUGGAGUAUACUUUUGUUGGACUCGUUUCAUUUUGAAUUGUUUUCCGCCUCGACCUCACACGGAGGCUGUAAGUAUAAGUGUUGUUCCGCUUUCUUUACGUGUUAGGUGAAUGAUUAUCGAUUAUUAUCGAUUAUUCCGUGUCGGUGAUAUAUUUUUGUUUCGGCUGUAUCCAUAAACGUGCCUUUGACGCUCGAGACGAAUACCUAAAAUUUUAUGUAAGAUUUUAAUUUCUUUUCGUGAUUUAUUGAGUAUUAUGUUAAUUUAUUUAGUGAAAUAUAUUAUUUUUAUGAAACGUUAAUCGGAAGUAAUGUAUGGAGGACGAGGUAUCGUAAGGCAAUUGGUAUUUAUAAGAAGUUGAAAAGGAUGAGCUGAAUGCUUGUUUGAGCGACUGACAUGAAUUUAUUUAUUUUUUGUAAUUAUAAAACCACUUCGCUUCCAAGACCAACAAGCGAUAUGAAGACGGUUCAUUUGUACAUAGUUUGUUGAAUUUAUCGGAAUGCUUGCGAGUUUCAACACGUGGCUCUGCUGACGAUCCAAGGCUAAUAUAGACUAGGGCCGGAUUCACCCGACAGCUACAGUAUAAUUUGCUAACGGUCCCGAGCAAUAAGAUAAUAUUUACGUCUUCGCUCACCGUAAACUAGGUAUGUAUAUAGACUUGAUGGCACAAAAACGUCUAACUAUAAGCGUAAUAACGUCUGCUGAAAGCUGUUUAUUCAAAUAAGUAAACCGAUAGCGGACGGAGGGUCGUGAAAGGAAAUUAUACGGGAGCUGGUCGCUUGAUCCGGCAGCGAUAUAAGAAUUUGGCAUUUCUUCUAUAGUUUCUAGUGGAAGCACGAUAAGUGUUUUGACUCUGUAGUUUCUAUAUAAGUGGGUCGGCGUUAGGACGCGCGAGUAGGCCUCAUAGAUACUCUUUUCAUUCACAAUAAGCCACUGCCCUAACGGUUUGUAAUAAGAUUAUUUUUUACAUUGUAAUAAUAAUUCAGUAGAUGCAUUUGUUCAUGUGAAACGAAUUUGAAUUUUAUAGUGUUUUAUAUGCAUUCAAAUAUUCAUAUAUAAAUUUCGUUCGUACGUGUGCAAUGUGCUUUAGCUUCGUCAAUAGAAACAUUGUUUUAUUAUAAUAUGAACUUAGCAUAAUAUUCCGAAUAAUAAAUGCAUUUUAAAUACAA